CCAGGGAACCGAGCAGGGGGAGCAGGGAAGCUGGUUACCCUCACGGUGUUCGGUGUGAGGCGACCGUUAGUUGACGCCGCGGAUUUUCUCUCGCUCGUUUACCCGUCUAACUUCGCUUGCCUGUCUUUCAGUCAGCAUGUGUGCCCGCGGCCCGGCUAUCGGCAUCGACCUGGGCACCACCUACUCAUGCGUGGGGGUCUUCCAACAUGGCAAGGUCGAGAUCAUCGCCAACGACCAGGGCAACCGCACCACCCCCAGCUACGUGGCCUUCACCGACACCGAGCGCCUCAUCGGCGACGCCGCCAAGAACCAGGUGGCCAUGAACCCCACCAACACCAUCUUCGAUGCCAAGAGGCUGAUCGGACGCAAGUUCGAGGACGCCACAGUGCAGUCGGACAUGAAACACUGGCCGUUCCGGGUGGUGAGUGAGGGAGGGAAGCCCAAGGUGCAGGUGGAGUACAAGGGAGAGAUCAAGACCUUCUUCCCGGAGGAGAUUUCCUCCAUGGUCCUCACUAAGAUGAAGGAGAUCGCCGAAGCCUACCUGGGGGGCAAGGUGCAGAGCGCGGUCAUCACCGUCCCGGCCUAUUUCAACGACUCACAGCGCCAGGCCACCAAGGACGCAGGCACCAUCACGGGCCUCAACGUGCUGCGCAUCAUCAACGAGCCCACGGCGGCGGCCAUCGCCUACGGCCUGGACAAGAAGGGCUGCGCGGGCGGCGAGAAGAACGUGCUCAUCUUUGACCUGGGAGGCGGCACUUUCGACGUGUCCAUCCUGACCAUCGAGGACGGCAUCUUCGAGGUGAAGUCCACCGCCGGCGACACCCACCUGGGCGGCGAGGACUUCGACAACCGCAUGGUGAGCCACCUGGCGGAGGAGUUCAAGCGCAAGCACAAGAAGGACAUCGGGCCCAACAAGCGUGCGGUGCGGCGUCUGCGCACGGCCUGCGAGCGCGCCAAGCGCACCCUGAGCUCGUCCACGCAGGCGAGCAUCGAGAUCGACUCGCUCUACGAGGGCGUGGACUUCUACACGUCCAUCACCCGCGCCCGCUUCGAGGAGCUCAACGCCGACCUCUUCCGCGGGACCCUGGAGCCCGUGGAGAAGGCGCUGCGCGAUGCCAAGCUGGACAAGGGCCAGAUCCAGGAGAUCGUGCUGGUGGGCGGCUCCACCCGCAUCCCCAAGAUCCAGAAGCUGCUGCAAGAUUUCUUCAACGGCAAGGAGCUGAACAAGAGCAUCAACCCCGACGAAGCGGUGGCCUACGGCGCCGCAGUGCAGGCGGCCAUCCUCAUCGGAGACAAGUCCGAGAACGUGCAGGACCUGCUGCUGCUUGACGUUACCCCCUUGUCGCUGGGCAUCGAGACGGCUGGCGGCGUCAUGACCCCACUCAUCAAGAGGAACACCACGAUCCCCACCAAGCAGACGCAGACCUUUACCACCUACUCAGACAACCAGAGCAGCGUGCUGGUGCAGGUGUACGAGGGCGAACGGGCCAUGACCAAGGACAAUAACCUGCUGGGCAAGUUCGACCUGACCGGGAUUCCUCCCGCACCCCGCGGGGUCCCCCAGAUCGAGGUCACCUUCGACAUCGACGCCAACGGUAUCCUCAAUGUUACCGCCUCCGACAAGAGCACCGGUAAGGAGAACAAAAUCACCAUCACCAACGAUAAGGGUCGUCUGAGCAAGGACGACAUUGAUCGCAUGGUGCAGGAGGCGGAGCGGUACAAGUCGGAAGAUGAGGCCAAUCGCGACCGCGUAGCCGCCAAAAACGCGGUGGAGUCCUAUACCUACAACAUCAAGCAGACGGUGGAAGACGAGAAACUGAGGGGCAAGAUUAGCGAGCAGGACAAAAACAAGAUCCUCGACAAGUGUCAGGAGGUGAUCAACUGGCUUGACCGAAACCAGAUGGCGGAGAAAGAGGAGUAUGAACACAAGCAGAAAGAGCUCGAACGAGUGUGCAACCCCAUCAUCAGCAAACUUUACCAAGGCGGCCCUGGCUGCGGCGGUUCUGGAGCCUCCGGGGGACCCACCAUCGAGGAAGUGGACUAAGCUUGCACUCGAGUCAGUAAACCUCUUUUCCUUUCUCUAUUUUUUUUUUCUUUUGUUUUUGUUCUUUGAAAUGUCAAGGUGCCAAGUGCGAAAUCUAUUGUUCGAAGUCUUUAGCCUGGUUUAUGCAUGUGAAAGGAAAGGUACAACAUCUUAGUUUAAUUCUAAAAGGUUAGUUCUAAUGUUUGAUUUAAAAAAAAACAUUUGAGGUUUCUCUUUUAAUGCAUUUUGCGUGUUUGCUGCCGAGCAUUUUUCGUUAGCUUAGUUCGUGCAGCAUUUUGCGUGUUUGCUGACGAGCAUUUUUAAUUAGCUUAGUUCGUGCAUGGAGAUUUGUUUGAGAUGGGAAACCUGAAGUUUGCACACCUGUCCUAUGGAAGCUUGGUAACAAUAAAAUAUACAGAAUCUUGAAUUGUUUAUUUUUAUGUGGUUCCUUAAGACUAAAGUGAACCAUUUCAGUAAUGUUAAGGACAGGUAUACUUUUUGCAAACAAAUGCAUAAAUGCCAAUUUAAAGUAAAGCUGAAAUUGAUCUCAAAAUUACUGUCUGGGAGUUCUCAAUUUUCCCUAACUUUAUUGUUUUACCCAUUUUGGUCUUGAUGACAUUAGAGUAUGAUGUAAAGUUUAUCUAACCUGAUCUUGUCUAAUUCUCAGAUGGAGUUCCUGCCUUGAAUUACCAACAAUUUAAGGGGAGAAGAUCUGGGUAAACUUUUUUUUCCCCUUUUACAGAAACCUGACUGGGUAUUCCAGUGUACUCAAACUCCUACUAAUGCUUGGCGACUUGAAUUUUCCAGCAAAAUACAAGCUAUAGUCGGUGGUUAAGUAUAAACUGAUUCUCUGAACUAAUAAAAGCUGGGGCAGGAGUUGUCUUCUGAUAACAGGAAAGGUAGUAAAGAAACAAGUUGCUUUCUGUGACAUAGAGGUGCCUGAAACCAGCCAGUUGUUAAAACAACUUGAGUCCAAAUUUAACUUCUGAGCUUAUAGGAAAUUCCAGUCUCAGAAACGUUUCCAGCAGUUAUAAUGCUGUCCAUUUUCCCUAUGUAUCUGGUUUGAGAUUGUUACUGAUAGGAAAAUUGCAUCCCUUUGGAGAUCUACUGUCCUGGGCUUAUGCUUUAAAAACCACAUUCUUGAGAGAAGGUAGUUCACUUUAUUUAUUUUUAUUUAUUAAUGAAGGACACUUCUGCUUUGCUCUAUUCUCUUUUAGGGGAACUUUUGAAAAAUUCAAUAAAAAUGAUUGAAAAAUAUAUAGUUUUCACUGCACAUAGAUAUUUUAAUAUCUCUUUCCAGGUGAUAUAGAUUUGUGGCUUCAUACGUUCAUAAUUAUAGAAGCAAUAUUUUUAAUUUAGUGGUGAACCAUUCUGUAUCACACAGUGAGACCAAUUUGAGGAAGAAUAGAGUAAUAAUUUUAAAACUGGAGAACAAUUAGCCUUAGAAUUUUGGGCUUGGUAAUGACUCACACAAGAUUUGAUUCUUAUAAGCAAGUCUCAUUGGGAUGGAGGAGGGAGACAUAAAAAGGCGAUUGUGAAAUUAUUUCAAAAUAUGCUAAAAAACUUUUUUAAAGGUAAUUGCUCUUUACACUCUGAAAAACUGAAGAUAACUUGAGCUGGUGUCACCUUGGUGGAAAGUUUUCCGUGUAGAAGCAUUAAGGGUGUUUCACUGACUACAGAUAACAUCACAUAAAUAUUUGACCAACUACCUUGGUACUAACAGAAUCAGGUGAUUGGUAGUCUUAGAGUAACUUUUAACAUAAAUAUGAGUUUUACCAAGAUAACACCUAUUGUAUUAUGCAUUUACUAGCCCUAUAUUUGUUAAAAGUGUUUAUCCCUUGCUUUAACUUCAAAAUAUAGUAGAGUCUUUAAGUGCAAUUUGAUAUUAGCGUGACUCAUUUAGAUCACACUUUAGAGGAGAUUGGUUUCUAAAGUAUCAAAAAAAAAAAAAAA